AUGGAGAACGGAAGGGCAGACACUCUGCAGAUAAGGCAAGUCCUGCUUCUUUUUGUUUUGCUAGGAAUGUCUCAGGCGGGUUCCGAAUCUGGGCACUUUUCGGUGGCAGAGGAAAUGCAGAGCGGAAGCUUUGUAGGCAAUUUGGCAAAGGACCUGGGACUAGAAGUGGGUGAGCUGUUCUCAAGGGGGGCUCAGGUGGUCUCUAAUGAUAACAAAAGACGUUUGCAGCUGGACAUAAACACCGGAGAUUUGCUCUUAAGCGAAUCACUAGACCGGGAGGAGCUCUGUGGCUCCACGGAGCCCUGUGUGUUGCAUUUCCAGGUAUUAAUGAAAAACCCUUUGCAGUUUUUACGAAUUGAGCUCCAGGUCAGGGAUAUAAAUGACCACUCUCCCGCCUUCUUAGAAAAAGAAAUGCUCCUAGAAAUCCCAGAGAAUAGUCCUGUUGGUGCUGUGUUCUUACUAGAAAGUGCGAAGGAUUUAGAUGUAGGAAUCAACGCUCUAAAGAACUACACAAUAAGCCCCAACUCUUAUUUCCACAUUAAAAUGAGAGUCAAUCCAGACAAUAGGAAAUAUCCGGAGUUGGUUCUGGACAAGGCACUAGAUUAUGAAGAGCAGUCCGAGCUCAGUUUCAUCCUCACUGCUAUGGAUGGCGGGUCUCCGCCCAGGUCCGGGACUGCCACGGUUCGGGUCAUGGUUGUGGACACUAAUGACAACUCCCCUGAGUUUGAGCAGCCAUUUUAUGAGGUGAAGAUUCCAGAGAAUAGUCUAUUAGGCUCACUCAUUGUCACCGUCUCAGCUUCGGAUUUAGACUCCAGAAAAAAUGGAGAAAUAUCAUAUUCUUUUUCCCAUGCCUCAGAAGAUAUUCGCAAGACAUUUGAAAUUAAUCAAAAGUCGGGAGAAAUCAUUUUAACCUCACCCAUGGAUUUUGAAACAACUGAAUCAUACUCAAUAAUCAUUCAAGCCACAGAUGGGGGCGGUCUCUUUGGAAAAUCAACAGUCAGAAUUCAGGUGAUGGAUGUGAAUGACAAUGCUCCUGAAAUCGCUGUGUCAUCAAUUACCAGUCCAGUCCCAGAAAAUUUGCUGGAGGCUGUGGUUAUGGUUUUUAGCAUCCGAGACAGAGACUCUGGGGACAAUGGGAAGAUGAUUUGUUCUGUCCCAGAAGACCUCCCUUUCAUACUAAAAUCUUCCGUUGAGAAUUACUACACACUGGAAAUAGAGGGGAUGUUGGACAGAGAGAGCCAGGCCGAGUACAACAUCACCAUCACCGUCACCGACCUGAAGUUGCUGGAAGGAGCCAUGGAGAUCAAAGGGGAGCUCGCUCUGCGGAAAAGGCAAGUCCUGAUUCUUUUUGUUUUGCUGGGAUUAUCUGAGGCAGGUCCUGAAUCUGUGCGAUAUUCUGUGGCAGAGGAAACAGAAGUUGGUUCUUUUGUGGCCAAUCUUGCAAGGGAUCUAGGGCUUGGGGUAGAGGAGCUAUCAUCACGGGAGGCCCGGGUAGUGUCAGAUGAUAACGAAAAGCACUUACAACUUGAUUUACGGACGGGGGAUUUGCUCCUAAAUGAGAAAAUGGACCGAGAAGAGCUCUGUGGCUCCACCGAGCCCUGUGUGCUGCAUUUUCAGAUGGUAUUAGAAAACCCUUUACAGUUCUUUCGGGCUGAACUGCAAGUCACAGACAUAAAUGAUCACUCCCCUAUGUUUCUAGACAAGCAAAUACUUAUUAAAAUAUCAGAAAGUACCAGCAUUGGAACCACAUUCCUAAUGGAGAGUGCCCAAGAUUUGGAUGUAGGAACCAACAGUCUUCAAAACUACACAAUUAGCCCCAAUUCUCAUUUCUACAUUAAAAUCCAAGACAGCGGUGAUGGAAAGUUAUACCCAGAACUGGUCCUGGACAGAGCAUUAGAUCAUGAGGAGGAGUCUGAGCUUUCAUUAACACUCACAGCACUGGAUGGUGGAUCGCCACCCAGGUCUGGGACAACUUUUGUUCUCAUCAAGGUCCUGGACAUCAAUGACAAUGCCCCUCAGUUUGCUCAGAAGCUCUAUGAAGUGCAAAUUCUGGAGAACACACCCAUUGGUUCCUGGAUUAUCACCAUUUUUGCUAACGAUUUGGAUACAGGAAAUUAUGGGAAAAUAUCAUACACAUUUUUGCAUGCAUCAGAAGAUAUUCGUAAAACAUUUGAAAUCAAUCCAAUAUCCGGGGAAAUUCAUUUGAGAUCAUGCCUGGAUUUUGAAGUGAUACAGUUCUACACUAUACGUAUUCAGGCAACAGAUGGUGGGGGUCUUUCAGAAGAAUGUACUCUUCUGGUUAAAAUAAUAGAUAUAAAUGAUAAUCCACCAGAAGUGACCAUCUCAUCAUUUACAAAGUCAAUUCCAGAAAAUGCCUCAGAGACUCUGGUUGCUCUUUUUAGUGUCCGAGACCAAGACUCUGGGGAAAACGGGAGGAUGGUGUGCUCCAUUCAGGAUGACCUCCCCUUUUAUCUGAAACCAACCUUCAAGAACUUUUUCACUCUAGUUUCGGAAAAAGCACUGGACAGAGAGACAAGAUCCGAGUACAACAUCACCAUCACCGUCACCGACUUGGGAACCUCCAGGCUGAAAACCCAGCACAACCUAACGGUGACGGUGUCCGACGUGGACGUCAGCGGCGAUGGGACCCUGUCCCACAGCUACCAGUAUGACGUGUGUCUGACGGGAGUUUUCAGCGACCGGUGA